CUAGUUGGUACCGUCCCACUCAGGAGCAUUUUCCACAUUUCUUGUGGUCACUCUUGGUAAUUCUACAUUAGAAUUUCUCCACAAUGGCCUCCUGCACAUGUGUUGGCCAGAAUCAGCUGCAAAGGAUCAUUGGAGAUCUGCAUGAUUCGGUGUUACAGUUGAGUAAAGAACACAAGGAGUAUUUGGAACCUGUAACCGACGACAGCACCAACCUGCGCAAGUUCUUUUACAAGCUUGAGUACCUGCUGCAGUUUGACUUGAAGGAGAAGACAACCUUUCUCGGCCAGAGAAAAGACUACUGGGAUUACUUCUGCGACUGCCUGAUUAAGAUCAAGGGUACUAAUGAUGGCAUCCGUUUUGUAAAGUCUAUCCCUGAGUUAAAAACGUCGCUGGGGAAAGGAAGGGCCUUCAUACGCUACUCGCUCAUUCACCAGCGUCUUGCAGACACACUGCAGCAGUGUCUCAUCAAUCAGAAAGUCACAAGUGACUGGUACUAUGCCCGGAGUCCCUUCUUGGACCCCCGCCUCACCUCGGACAUCAUAAACUAUUUGUACGAGCUCAACCAGAUCCAAUUUGACGUGGCGGCCCGAGGUUACGAUCUGGACGUUGACUGGCCAGCUUUUGCCAGACGGACAUUAUCAUCCUCGUCAUCCUUUCGGUGGAGGCCUCCCAGUCCUUGCUCCAGCGCCAACAGUCUGGUUGGCAGCCAUUCCCACAGCCAGGAUCGGGGAGAAGUCUUCCCUUGCAGUGUUGCAGAGAAUCUCCGCCUCAAGCUUGAUCAAUCUGAACUGAGGCAGCACAAGCUUCUGGCACGGGUGGAGGAACUGGACAAAGAGGCAGCGAAGCUGAAAGAUGUCGUAAAUAACCUUCAUGGCCAGUUGGUAGCAGUUCAGAAGACCGCACCCCCCUCGCUCUCUACAAACAUGGAUGUUAGUAAUCACUAUCAGACAUGUUGGGAAGGUAAAAGCAAUGAGCUUCAGAAUAGACUGACUGCUACUGAGAACAAAAACAUGAAGCUUCUGUCAAACCUGGAUGAUGCUCUUAAAGAAAAGGGCAAACAAACAACAAGUUAUUGCGACUCGGCCUGGAAGAUUCAGGAACUUGUGGAGAAACUGAAGACGGCAAAGGAGGAGAGGCUGGAGGCCAAGCGGGAGGCUGAUGACCGAGCCAGACAUUUAGAGCAUGUGUCUCAGGAGCUGAAAAUGAGGGAAGAGGAGUUGAGAACCAGCACGGAGAAGCUGGCUGAUGUCAAAUCCAGGGCCCAGGACGAGCGUGAAAACACCCUCAAGCGGCUGGAGGAGCUCCAAGGCGCCGUGGGUCGCAUUCAGGGAGCCUUGACAUUGAAAGAGAAGGAAAGCGGAAACUUGAGAGCGCAGCUUCAGCACCUGCAGUCCUCAUUGGAAUGCAGAGAACGACAAGCGGAGGAACUGAGGAGGAGGCUGCAGGAGGAACGUGAUGAGAUUGAGCGGCGAUGUAGCAUCAGAGAUAACCAGAAUGAAACCCUGGGGGUUCAGGUGCUGGAUCUGCGUAAAACCCUGAAUAACAGAGAGCUGGAACUUUCCCUCAACUCAGAGAGGAUUAAGCACUUGGAAGAACAUCUGGAGAAGCUGAAAAUCCAGAAUGAAAGUCUCCUUUCUAAACCUGCUGAAGACGACAUGUGCGAACAAAGUGGGAACCUUGGGAACUACAAACCCCAGGACUGCAAGCUGAUGGAGUUGAACGCCACACUACUGCAAGCUGUUAAAAAGAGCGAGGAGAGCAUUGUCGAGCUGACCCACAGCAGGGAAGCCUUGUUAGACCAGCUCACUGCUGUGAGAGUUUCCGAGAGGUAUCUCAGGGGAAGGGUGGAAGCUGCUGAAAUGUGCGUGGAAGACCGUGAGAAGAAGCUUCUAGAUGAAAACCGCCAUUUGGAAGAGCUUGUUCAGAAGCUUCUUCUUGAGAAGGAGCGAUCAGGGACUCAACUGAAGAGUGAACAGCAGGAAAACGAGGAGCUUCGAGAGGUUCAGUUCUCUUUGAAAAAACAACUGGCAGAAGCCCAAGAGGAGCUGAACUUGCUUUACGCCAAAGUGUCCAAUUUGGAUGAGAACCUCACAGAGUCCCAAAGAAGUAAUGGGGAGCUGCUGGUGAAGCUCCAAGAAAGGGAGGCUAAGCUCAAAGAGCAGACCAAUAAAUGUGAUCUUCUGCAUGGUCGAGCAGAAGUGCUUGAAAGCAGGUCCUCAGAAAUACACGAUGAAAAAGGAGCUGCUGAGAGCAAUGAGAAAACGCCAAAACUUCAUGAGGAACAUCUGACGUCUGAGAGCAAAGAGGCUCCUUUCAGGCUGGUGAUUGCUGAGGCUCAACUGGAGCUCAACCUGAAGGAGGUGCACCGGCUCAGGGAGGAAGUGGUGGAUCUCAGGGCUGAGCUCCUGUCUGGAACGGAGGAGAGAAUGAAAGCUCAGGCUCUACAGGAGGUGACCGAAGCCUCCAGAGAGGAUCUUAGAGUCUUGACAGAACAACUCAAGGCUCAAGUGGAGGAGCUCAACCGGCGGCAUGUAGAUGAGAUUCUGCGUUCUCGUGAGCGGGAGGAAAUGCUGAUUCGCGAGCGAGAUGGCGAGGCCCAGGCUCGGGCGGGCCUGGCUGCGGAGGUGACCUCCUCGAGAGAGGAGCUGCACAAGCUGAAGCAGCGCUAUGAUGCAAUGUGCUUGGAAAACAGUGACUCCAGGGAAGCUCUACACCGGGCCAACACUGAAACAGCCGAACUGGGAGUUUGCGUGUGUAUGCUCACGGCCGAGAAGGAGGAGGCUCAUCUGCGCUGGGAGAGCCUCUCUAGGAAGCUGCGAGAGCUGGAGGACGAGGCCUCCAAGGAGGAGACGAGGUUGAAUGCUUGUACUGAGCAGCUCCGCCGGGAGAACCAACAGCUUCUCAGCAAGCUCCAUCGCGAGGAGGACCUGUGGGCAACCAUGACGCAGAGGCUGCAGGAAGAGCUCAGCGAGGCCCAGGAGGACAGGAGCCGUGAGGAGGUGGAAGCUCUCCGCAUGGAGCUGAGCAACCAGGCCGUCAUUCACAGCAGCCAGCUGCAGAGUCUGAAUGAAGAGUUGAUGGAUGAGCGAUUACAGCUGAUGUCCGAGCAAGAGAAAGCUGCCGAGGUGGAAAAGAAACUAAGGAGUUUAGAGGCUGAGGCAAAGCGAUCCCGCCAGCAACUUGCAGAGAAAAACAUCCAGAUGACCCAGUCGGAAAAUCUCAUUCAGCAGCAAAAGGACAUGCUCAACCACCUGAGAAUUCUUUUAUCGAGAUGUAAAGAGGACAUGGAAGGGCUUCAGGUGGCCUUUCAGGAGCUGAGGAACACUCUGAGGAGGCUCACACUGGACAAAGACAACUUUGACCCAAGUUUGUCCUCUGCAGUUGACUACUUGUACCACAUUGCGUCCGAGGAGAGGAUGGUGAAGCUCAUCAGGAAAAUGGACGAAGUGCGGCAGAAGAUGGAUGCACUGGGGGUUGAUAAAAAGCUGCAUGACGAAGAGACGGAACGAGACGUCAACGUCUGUCAGAGCUGUCGCACUCCUUUUGGCUGGAGGCACCGCAAAUACACCUGCAGAUUCUGUAGCCUCCCAUAUUGCCAAUAUUGCCUGACCAGUGCUGGGAUCCACCAGCACGGCGGCGUCAAAGAGCACUGCUGUCGGGACUGCUGCAAUCAGCGCUGCAUAGAGGCUGAGCGUCCCCUACAGGAGGAUGUCCCCAGCACCAGCACGGCGCCGUCGGUCUUCAGUCAGCAGUUGCAGCCUUUGAGAGCUGUGACCAGCUUUUCAGAAGGAGCGGAUGACAAACCGGAGGAUGGCGUGUUUGACAUUACCACAGAGAAAUUGAGUGGAGUCUAUGUUCAUGGAGCUUUUACUACAGCCUGCACUGCUGAACAUGGACAGCAGGGGGCAGCACAAGAAAGCAGCACAAGCACAGGAGAUGUCCCACCACACGCCACAGACGACCACCAUGGUGGUGCUGUGCAGGAUGCAGAAAUAUACCUGCUCAAGUCUGGAGAACUCACGUUGGCAUCUCCCUUCACGGUGGGAGACAUCUCAGCAUUCGCUGACUCUCCACAGGAGCUUUUCAUCAAGGCCAGCUGUUACAGCACCGUCACCAUCAGCACGGACCGGCCCGGCGUCACCGUCACCUGGACCUUCACCUCGGAACCUAAGGGCAUCUUCUUUAGUGUGGUGUUCCGGGAGAGCUCAGAGACGCCCCUGGAGCAAGCCAAGGUUUUGAUCCCACUGACUCGCUGUAAUUCCCACAAGGAGACAAUAAACGGGGAAAUGAAAGUUAGAAAUCCUGGAGAGUACACACUCAUCUUUGAUAACUCCUUUUCCAGGUUCAUCUCCAAGAGAGUGAUGUAUCAUCUGGCGCUGGACAAGCCGGCGGCGUGUAACAGCAGCAGCCUCUUGUGAGAGGAAGCAUGUCAGACAGGUGUAGAUAUCACCUACAUCAGUCAGUGCGGUCGAGAUGUUAAGGUAACAGGAGCAGAGUCUACUUGAUGUAACGAAACCUCGGAUGAGGGACCUUCUGAGCACUUUGACAGCCACAAGAAAGAAAAAAACAGUGAAUCAAAAUAUAAUCCAAGAAAUAAACAUCUAGAAAACUGCAUAUUUUACAGCAUCGCUGCGCAAGUCAACAUUUUAAUGCUAUUUUAUACGUAAAAAUGCUUAACGUAACAGCACUGCCAUGUGUAUUCAAACAUACAGUAAAGUCUCGUCAUAUCGAUAUUGUCGGGAGUCGGAAAAAAUAUCGAUAUAACCGGACUGUCGAUAUAUCCGAUCCUGCGCCGAACUGCAUUAAAAGUGGGCAAUAAUGCACUCGACAUUGUUCUAUAGUAUAGAACAGGGGUGCUCAUUAAGUCGAUCGCGAGCUACCGGUCGAUCGCGGAGGUGGUACUGGUCGAUGGCUGGUCGAUCGCGGUGUGACAUUAAAAAAAUAUCAUCCCAGCAUCAAUGCCGUCACUUGAUUGAUAUACAGGGCAGCCAUUCAGAUGACAACUGAAUGUUGCCCUUUGGGUGACCAAUCAAAUCAAACAACGUCUCUAAGUGCAGCAGAACUUACGAUGUCAGCCUAUCAUCCAUCCCCGUUACUUGAUUGACAUACAGGACAACCAGUCAGAUGACAACUGAAUUUUGACCUUUAGGUCACCGCUCAUGCGUAAACAACGAUGCAAAGUGCUAAGCUAGUCGGCGAAUUGCGAGAUUUUAAGCCCUCGCUAAAGUUUAUGGUCACUAAAAUGAGUGAAGGAGCUGGACCAAGUAAAAAGGCAAAAACUGGACCAAGUAAAAAGGCAAAAAACAUAUCACUUCCAUACGGAUAUGGAAUAUUAUACGGAUAUUAUGAUACGGAUAUUAUCCAUGACUGAUAAACAUUUGGAAGUGUGCUUGAGGCUGGCUAUCAGCAGCUACUGUCCGGACUAUGCAUCCCUGGCUGGUUCAAUUCAGUGCAAGUCAUCAAAGUAAACUCAGGUAAUUACAAAAAAUGUUAAUAGUUAAUUAUGUGUGUUUUGCAAUAUUGGCUCAUUUGGUUAUGUAAGGUACAUCAACAUACAUUGUACGUACAAAUAAUCCUCAAUACAUUUGAAAAUAAAUAGAUGUUUUGCAUUUUUGUAGUGGGUAGAUCAUUUUGACUCGGUCAUUUUAAAAGUAGCUUGCAUGCUGAAAAAGUGUGAGCACCCCUGGUAUAGAACAAUGUCGAGCAGCUUAAAUCAAUCUUUGCUUAAGG